AAACAAAUAUGCUUACAAUGAAAGACUCUGUUGAGGAUAUAGCAGCAAUCCUCAACUUGCACACUGAUUCCAUUAUUUUCACUAAUUUCUUCAGCGAGGAAGACAGCAAAGCUGAUUUUGAGUUUACUCCAGAUACGAUUUCCAACGUCACAAAAAUGCCUGGAGCAAGUAAUGUGACGUAUAAAGUAGACUUUAAGGUAAACGGGAAUAGUCAUUCUAUUAUAUACAGGAAAUUUACUAAUAAACUUGUUGAUUUCCGGAUAGAAAACCUUAUUUUCCAAACUCUCAGUGAUAACAAAGAAGGGCCAUAUUGUUUUUAUCAAUGUAACAAAUACAGAAUCGAAGAGUAUAUUCCAAGCCGGACUAUAUCUAUUUUUGAGUUGAGAAACCUAAACUUUAUGAAGGAGAUCACCUCUCAUUUUGCUUCAUUCCACUGAAACAAUAGAAUCCAAGAGGGAGUGACCUCCCUCAUCGAGUCUCAAAAGACAUGUUUGGAGUUAUUCCUCGAAAACUGGUGGAAACAAAUCAAAGAUAAAAUCAAGGAUAUCAGAAACGCAUUAAAAAGGGAUGAUUAUUCCACAAUUUUUGAAGAUUUUGUUAGCGAAUACUACAGAGAGGGUUUUGAGGAUUAUUGGAGAAGCCUCCUCCCCCAGUGAGACGAUAAAAUUGUAGCUCAUACAGAUGCUCAAGAGACUAACAUUCUUCUUCUCAAAGCGAAACCUUUAAAGACUGCUACCAUAAAAUGAAUGCUGAUCGAUUAUGAAUACGCAGGAAUUGUGGAAAGGAGUUGGGAUUUAGCAAAUUAUUACAUAGAAACCAUGCUCAGUAACUGAGAGUAUGACGAAUAUCCUUGGCUCCAGAUCUAUCCUGAAAAUAGAAUGUCUCCUAUAGAGCUUGAACAGUUAGUAGAUUACUAUAUCCAAGCAAUAAUAGAUUUAGAUGGGCCAACUAUUAAUAGAGAUGAAUUCCUUAAAGAAGUAAAAUCAAUGGUAGUCCUUAUAAAUUACUAUUGGGGAGCUUGGGCAAUGGCAAGUCUCGAAAUGGACACUAUCAAUGAUGAUGACUUAUACUUUGAAGCAGCCAAGAUUAGACUACAGCUUAUUGACAUUGCAAAAGAAAACUUAAGUUAAAUUCAAUUAA